GACAUUCUGGUCUACACUCCAUGACCAGUUGGUGGCGGUUAUUUACCAACCGCCACCAAGACGAAGAAGAAGAAGGACGAAGAAAAGUGCUUCCGGGUGAUAAACAUGUCGGCUCCUGUCGGGGUGUCGGCACCGGUGUUCGGCAGUCCUGCCGUCCCUGCCUUCCCGUCCAUGGCUCUGUCGGCCGAAGCCGUUCCGUUCAGUCCCGGAGAGUCGGACUGCUCGCCGCCAGACUCUCUGUCGGACGCGGAGAAGCAGUUUUCCCGCUGCGCCGCAAGGCUUCGAGCCCUGAGGCCAGACUGCAGCCAGCUGAGAGAGGAGCUCAAUCAGCUGUUUGACCAGCUGCUUUCAGAGAACUACAACAGGAGCUGCGAGCUUCCCAUCACCAUCCGACCAGAGGAUGUGUGUGUUUUGCUAAAGCACACCAGUGGCCUCGUACCUUUGAAUCAAGAACAUUUAGUUGUUAAAUUCUGUCAACUUGUUCAUCACCUCCUCAAUCAGCUGAAGGUUAUAAUGGAUGGACAGACACUGGAUGUGCUGGUAAACUAUACUGCCAAUGCCCUGAAACAGUGCAGUACAUGGACACACUCAGAUGUUCUCUUGGCACUUUCCACAGUUGUGUAUGGUAAUGGAUCUCUGUGCCACCAGCUUGUCAGUGACCUGCUGUGUGAAGAUGGAAUCAUUCUGCAGUAUAGUUCUCCUUCCCAGCCAAAUAUCGAGUUGAGGCACGUUGCGCUCACCUGCAUGGCCAACAUCUGCCUCAGGAUUCCCGGUCAGCCACUUUUGGACGAUCAGUACAGAAGUGUUUGUUUCAGACUUUUUCUGAAGACACUGCAGUCACCCAAACCUCCCAACACCGAUGAUCUCUUCUACUGCAUGGUCAUCCAGGCUGCUCUGAAGGGACUUCAGUUCUGUCUGUCAGUUGGGAAGUGGAAAUUUGGAGGAGGAGAGGAGCUUGGAUCUGUACUGGCUGCACUGAAGAGGCUCAUGUUCCAGGGAGCCCCUGGUUUGAGUGUCGACUGGCCAGAGGUAAUUUACCCAGCGCCUCUUUCGCAGUAUGAAAGUCUCUCUCCACCAAGGCCUACUGAACCACCAAAACCUUUAGAAUCACCAAAGGAGGCUGAUAAGACUGGAAAAGCUUCAGGAAAAAAAAAGAGGAAAUCGAAAGGAAAAGGAAAGAAAACAAAACAUGAAGAAAGCAAAGUGGAUGACAGAGAGGAGGAAGAUAAAGAAGCGGUGCCUGAAGUCUGCGGAGGCGGAGGGGACAUCAGCAGAAAUGAUGUGGAGAGCCUAGCCAAAGCGCCCACCUCAUUUCUCUACCCGUUCUGGAAGCUGAACAGUUCUGAAUCCGAGUUUUCAGACAUCGAAGGAAACGCACAAAGCAAAUUAAGAGUUUACCAGUGCCGUGUUCGUCAGUUAGCGCUGCACUGCAUGCUAGCAGUAGUGAAAGCUGUCGAGAAGAGAACUCUGUAUGGUUACUGGUCCUCCUUCGUCCCUGACUCUCCUGCUGGUGGACCCCCAUCUCUAACUCUCCUUACAAUUAUACUAAAGGACCCCUCACCAAAGGUGCGACUGUGUGCGCUUCAGGUGCUGUCGGCCAUCUUGGAUGGCUCUCGGCAGUUUCUGGCAGCGGCUGAAGACACGGCAUCACCUCGAACGUCUUACACCCCGUUCUCCUUCAUGCUAGCUGCUGCUAUCAGAGAGCUGCACCGCGGCCUCAGCCUGGCUCUCCUGGCUGAAACGUCCUCUCAAACACUAACACAGGUCACAAAGUGCCUGGCGUUCCUGGUGACCAACGCUCCCUAUCAUCGCCUCAGACCUGGCCUGCUGAGCCAGCUCUGGAAACAGAUUCGUCCUUAUGUGCGCCACAGAGAUGUGACUGUACGCGGGUCUGUGCUGAGACUCUACGGGGCGAUGGUAACGGCUCAGGCCCCACUCCCUGAGGUGCAGCUUCUCCUCCAGCAGCCAGAAAACCUCGGCGGCGGCAGCAUCUCCGGCUCGGUAACACCGCAGGACUCUGCUCUCAGCUGGAGACACAGGAACGGAGCGGCCUCGCCUGCUCGGACACCAGCAGCUUUCUCCCAACAAAACUCAAGCAUACAUUCCCCCCAGCUUCCUCACACACCGAGAGAGGAGGAGAAGUCGUCACCGUGGCUGUUGAAGCUGUGCGUUUCUCUGGUGACUCAGCCCAGAGAGGAGCAGUCAGACCAUGAGGGAGCUGAAGGAGGCGCUGCUUUAGAGCCCUCUCCUGUUCGACUAGAAGCUCUGCAGGUUUUGUCCCAUCUGGUACGCGGCUAUUUCUCUCUUGCUCAAUCAAGCCUGUAUGAGAUCGGGCAGGUGAGCGUUCGGUGCCUCGAGGAGACAGACCCCUCCAUACAGCUACACAGUGCAAAGCUACUAGAAGAGUUUGGUACAGGAAUAAUCCAACAGUACAGAGCUGAGAACAGUAUUCCUGAAAGCUCUAAGGUUCCUGUGAACCAGGUGGUGGAGUUUUGGUUAGAAGUGUUGAGUGGGCCACUAAAUGCAGCACUACAAAACGAACAACAUCCCACGCUACAGGCAAGCGCCUGCGACACGCUCGCCUCCAUCCUGCCACAGGCCUUCGCUCAGCUGCCUGAUAAAACCCAGCUGAUGUGCAUCACCGUGCUGCUGGGCCUGACCUACACCGAGAACUAUCUGGUGAAGACUGCAGCCGUCAGGGCUUUGGGAGUUUACAUACUGUUCCCUUGUUUGAGAGAGGAUGUGAUGUUUGUGGCUGAUACUGCGAACAUUAUCCUCGCCGCCCUUGAUGACCGAUCUACAAACGUCCGUGCAAAAGCUGCGUGGUCUUUGGGAAACCUCACAGACACACUUAUCAUUAAUAUGCAGAAUAUAGGUGUGGAUUUCCAGGAAGAAUUGUCCGACAUGCUUCUGCUGAAGAUGCUGCAGGCAGCAACUCGAGCAUCUGCAGACAGAGACAAGGUGAAGUGCAAUGCAGUGCGAGCUCUUGGAAAUCUGCUUCAUUUCCUGCGUCACAGUCAGAUGACUCGGCCUGUUUUCCAACGUCCACUGGAAGACGCGGUUCGUGCUCUGGUCAAAACCGUCCAGUCGGAAGCAGCUAUGAAAGUCAGGUGGAAUGCCUGCUAUGCACUGGGAAAUGCCUUCAGAAAUUCCUCCCUGCCACUUGAAACGGCUCCAUGGUCUCAGGAUGCCUUCUCCGCCCUCUGCCAUGUGGUCACCUCCUGCAAAAACUUCAAAGUCCGCAUCAAGUCGGCUGCCGCCCUCACGGUGCCAGCCCAGCGCAGCUGCUACGGUGACACAAAGCGCUUCAGUUGCGUGUGGCGCUCUCUGGCCGCAGCCCUGGAAAACAGCGAAGACGCGGUCGACUUUCUGGAUUACCGCUACAGCGCCAGCCUGCGACACACGCUCUCCGAGGCUCUGUUGCACCUGCUCAGCCUCGGCACGCUGCAGGACAUGCCUGAACUCAGCGCGUUGUUGGCUGGGGAGGAGGGCAGGGGCAUCAGAGAGCAUUUAAUCAAGUAUCUUAAAGCGGAGGAAGGAGAAGGAAAAACAGGAGGAGAAAAUGAAGCAGGAGAAGAGAGGAACUCUGGGGAGGAGAGUGGACAACUGCAGCAAAGACUGGGUCGACUCCAGGAGACACUUGUCAGACUUAAGAGCCUGAAGGUUGAAGAGGAGGGAGGGGAGCAGGAGAAGGAUGUGGUGGUUCAUUUCCUCGAGGAUCUGUUGAAGAUAUGUGAGGAGUUUUAGAAAUAUACUUUAACCUGAGUUUAUCUUAAAUCAGGCUGGAGCAAAAUGUAAGGAAAGAGCAGAUCAGUCUUGAUAUAUUUGAACAAUAUGUUUUCAGAAGAAUUAAAAUCUGCUUUGAAGAUGAAUUUGUCCUUCAGAUUUCAAGCGUUCACAGCAGAUGUAUGUGUAUAUAUAUAUAAGUGCAAAUUUACACAAAUUAUUAAAAGAAAACUGAGCUGAAAUAAAAAGUUGAGGGAGGAGAAGAUCCCCAAACCUGACCCCCAACUCGGACAGGUUCUCCGGCAGGUGAAAAAAGCCUCACUGGAAUCAUCAUCCCUUUUAUUUCUAUACUGCUACAUUGUUUUCUGUUGUAUUUAGUUAACAAAAAAAAAAACACUUGUACUUGCCUAAAAUCUUUGAUCUGUAUUUUAUCAUAGUCAUAAUCAACUAACUGAAGUCAAGUCACCAAAUUAUUCAAUGACAUUUUUUUGGAAGCAUUAGUAUUGGUAUCUGCAAUACUAGCCUUGUAUUUACUUGAUUUCGGAUCAAUACCAGAGUUCCCAGUAUUGCACACACCUACAUGAACCACACUACACCGUCGUUAGCUGGAUAUGGCUGAGUGUACAGAUAUAUUUUACAUCUCUUGUAUUAUUGUAGGAUUUCUGCUGCCUGAAAAUAGAUUGAUACCUUUGUUGUUUUUCUGAUUCUUCCAAAUUUUUCUUCCGUCACAAAACUACAGUGCCUUUCAAAAGUAUUCAAACCUCUUGAACCUUUUGACAUAGCCACUUGUGUAUGUGUAUUUUAAAAUAUAUUGUGAGGUGGAAGGUGAAGGGUAUUUGGUUUUCAAUUUUAUUUUUUACAAAUAAAAUUUUAAAAGCUGUGGUGUGUGUAUUCUGGCACCCCUUAUCCAAUGUGAUUAAGAUCCAAGCUAAGUUUUGUGUUUUGAUAUGGUGCCUUUAAUGGUGAAAAGUACAAUGUACAUCACUAAAUGUCUUCUGGAUUGUUGGGGUAAGUUGCUCUUAGAGGAUUGUUUGAUCAUGGCAGGAUUUUUUUCAGGAAAAAUAGGCUUUUCUCAAUUGUACAAAGAGCUAACCCAGUUCUAUCAAAUUCUGAUAUUUUCUGCAGAAUGUCAAAUUUUUCAACACAUUUUGCCGUCAGGAUGCCACCAAAAGUCUGUAUUUGCACCACAAUGUGGUAACAUAAACUAAGAGUUUUUGAUGCCGAUUCAAUUACAUGUACUUGUGUUUUAUAGCUUGACAUUUUUUAACUGUACUUUUUGUGUGUGUUGUAUUUGUUGCUGCCUCUCAGGCCAGGAUUCCCUUGAAAAAGAGGUUUUUAAUCCCAAUGGGUUUUUAUCCUGGUUUUUAUAAAGGUUAAAUAAAAAAAAAUAAACAUGUGUA